AUGGGUUGGAGACUAAGUUUUCGAGUAAGUACUUUGAGAAUUACAAUAAGAGCAAAUGCAAUCCGCCUUAGGAAACAUUACAUUUCACUGAUUUGGGUAGCCAAUCUGCGUGAAGCAGGAAUGAAGUUUAAGCCAUUGCCAGAUGAAUGCUUGCUUGACAUAAGAGCAUGGAGCUCAAUCAAUAAUGGUGAUCACCAGAAAAGAGAAGGUAAUUCCGUCAGGAAAGGUGAGUUACAUAUACCACGCCUAGAAAUUGACGACAACACUGAAUGCCUCUUCCGAAACCUAAUGGCGUUGGAGCAGUGCCACUAUCCAAGACAAGAGUACAUCUGCCAUUAUGUUAAGCUGUUGGAUUUUCUUGUGGACAUUGAAGAAGAUGUGGAUUUGCUCGUUAAGAAGAAAGUUAUUGUUAAUAGGAUAGGCGAUAGUAAAGCUGUGGUGGAGAUGAUUAACAAACUUUGCCUCGAAAUCCAAGAAGUUUCUUCCUGUUAUGAUGGUCUCGCCCAACAGCUGAAUGAUUACUAUGAGAAUUGGUGGAAUGAAAGCAAGGCAUACCUGAGAAGGGUGUAUUUCAAAAAUGUUUCGGUCGGUACAGGAACAGUUGUUGGAUUAUUUAACCUGGCCAAUGAAACGGUGACACAUUUUCCCGGAUAUUUUUUUCAGUACUUUAUACGUUAA